CGAUGGACCCCCACCCCGGGGGGCCGCGUUUCAGACUGGCUUCAUGGUGCUUUGGGCCAGCCUCCCGUUUCACUCUCUGCUCGCUUCAUUGCUGUCUGGUCUCCGCCGUCUCUCCGCGCCUCUCCCUUCAACUGUCUACUCACAAGCAGCUAACCGACGCGGCGACCCUUGAACUGAAGAUUCUUCCAUCAAGCGGCUCGCCAAGCCUGAAGCUUCUGAGAGUUGUUUUGAUCUGAUUCUAGCACCAGUUUCAAAGAUAUACAUAACAAGCAGAUGGUUUACAUGCCAGCAUUGCAAAGAAAGGUUUAUAGGCUUGUAUCCUCCUCCAGCAUUGGUAGGUUCUCUCUUCCACAUUGCACAUCUUCUCCAUUGCACUUCUCUCGUGCUUCUUCACCAGCACCUUGGAUUGGGACUGUUCGGCACAUUAGCUACUCUGAUGACCAUGAUGGCUCCAUCAAACGACCUAUGGGAGCAUCUGAUGAUUUUUCACAUUUUGAUGACAAUGGUGUUAACAGUAGAAUCCAACAGCAUUCUUCAGAACCAACUCGAAGUAGGCCUUCGAGAAGUGACAACCAGUUCAAUCAGCCUCCUCCAAAUUUCCGUGAAUUUAGCAGAGGCUCCUGUCCUGUCACUCCAAGAUCUUUUAACCCUCUAGGUGAUGCUGGCAAGUCAAAUAUAUCUUCCCAAUCCAGUGAUCGAUUUCGGGGUAGAAACAUGGCUGUAGAAACAAAUAAGGAAGCCCCUCGAAUGGACAAUAGUUUUCUUGAGAAGUUCAAGCUUGGUUUUGAUGAUAAAAGAGCUAACCCUUCAGAGGAUGCGGGAAGCAGCCAAUUCAAAGAAGAGAACAAGUCAAGCCCUGAUCAACCAGCUGCAGAAUCUCUACCACAGGAUGCUGAUGAGAUCUUCAAGAAGAUGAAGGAAACUGGUCUAAUCCCCAAUGCAGUGGCUAUGCUUGAUGGCUUAUGCAAAGAUGGUCUUGUUCAAGAGGCCAUGAAACUUUUCGGUUUGAUGCGAGAGAAAGGUACUAUUCCAGAGGUUGUCAUAUACACAGCCGUUGUGGAAGGCUACAUGAAGGCCCAUAAAGCUGAUGAUGCAAUAAGGAUUUUCAGGAAAAUGCAAAACAAUGGCAUUUCACCAAAUGCAUUCAGCUACACGGUCCUUGUACAAGGACUCUACAAGUGUAACAGGUUGCAGGAUGCUAUUGAAUUUUGUGUGGAGAUGUUAGGAGGAGGUCAUUCUCCAAAUCUAUUGACUUUUGUUGGCCUAGUUGACAGUAUCUGCAAGGAAAAAGGCGUAAUAGAGGCUCAGAGUGUUAUCAGACGAUUGAUGGAAAAGGGUUUUCAUCUCAAUGAAAAAGCCAUUAGAGAAUUUUUGGACAAAAAGGCACCAUUUUCAUCUUCAGUUUGGGAAGCCAUCCUUGGGAAGAAAACCCCACAAGGACCAUUUUGAAUCUAUUGGCAUACACUGAGGCUGUUUUGGUUUAUAUCUUCUGUUGACCAAUCAUGAUCUCCAAAUUUUCCUUUCCUAGUGUUUAGUAUGGCUCGUUCAUGUAAGCCACUGAAAAUUUUCUUCAAGGGUUAGUCUGUUUUUUUGCCCCAUUCCUAAUAUUUGAUUAUUCGUUGUCUUGCUAGUCUGGUAUUUGAGUAGUCCAUCGAACUUAUGGCUGUUGGUGGGAGCAUCUUGUUUUGAACUUUCAUAUAUCACUGAACCAAAAACACGAUUCAUACA